AUGACCACUACUGAGCAGCUGCAGGUACCAGUGGUACGUGUCACGUUGCUGGGACGUCGUGGCAGUGGUAAGACCAAGUUGAUAGACUGCUUCCUGAACCACACCUUGAAGGAGGAGUGUUGGGAGCUUUCACCAACUGCUCAGUGUGACCUUUACUACAAGCUCCAUGUCAUUACCACUGAACACGCACCCAAGUCCAUUCUAGUCGAGAUCGAGGAUACACCCGGCAGCGACUUGCUCAAAGAUGCUGCUGCAUGGCGCGGACUCAAUGACGACCAGAAACUUCACGAUCCGGUCUGUCGGUACAUUAGCUCCACUAGCGCCCCCGCUAUCACUCGCAAUGCCGACGAUGUGGGCUUAUUCAACAUGUUCCCUUUACCCUGGCGAAAAGACCUUACGCUUGUACCCAUCACGCCUCACCGGAUGGGCUAUAUGUUGGUCUUUGACCUGACGGAGGAAAAGACGUUUCUGGAGGCGGUGCAAUUACACCAGUUAUUGAAGACGUACAAAACGCGUGUGGACAACAGCAUGGCGUUGAUUGUGUACCUAGCGGGAACCAAAUGCGACCGGGUGGCAGAGGGGCGAAUCAACGAGUUGGCGGAGGCCUACGCCACCAAGGAAAGGAUCCCGUACAAACGCGUGAGUGGUGUCUCUGGCUACGAAGUCGCUUCACUCUUCUCCGUCCUCGCGACAGACCUCGCCGGCUCGCCCCUCGCCUUCCAGGAGAUCACAGCCCUCCUGGCCGGCCAGGCAGAUGUCGAAGACGAAGAUGACGACCUCGCAGACCAGGAUGCUUGA